AAGUGACUCAUCAACCCAAGUGAGCAUAACUUCCUUAGCAACCUCGUAGCUAGCCUGUUCCUCUUCACCUGCUGCUAUUCCCUUUGGUAAAACAGAAAAAUCAUCAAACAUGCAGACCUCACUUCUUCAUAAUCUAGUUGUUGGAACUCCAGUAAUCUCAGCAACAUAUGAUCAGCUUCAAAAGUCAGUUAACAGAUACUUACCUGGUCCUGCCACUCAAUGCCAAUAUUCAACCACAACAUCAAAGCAAAUGAGACUGGGGACUAAUAUAUCUGAGACUGUUAAGAGAAAGUUAAGUUUAGGGGCUCGCAUUCUUCGAGUUGGUGGAGUGGAUAAAGUGUUUAAGCAGUUUUUUAGUGUGGAAGAGGGAGAAAGGCUGUUGAAAGUUUCUCAGUGUUAUCUGUCCACCACAUCCGGUCCUCUAGCAGGUUUCCUCUUCAUCUCCACUGACAAGGUUGCCUUCUGCAGUGAGAGAUCAAUGAAAGUCUUUACUCGGAAAGGCCAUAUGUUGAGGAUCCGUUAUAAGGUUGUCAUUCCACUGAAAAAGAUCAAGUGUGUGAACCAAAGUCAAAAUAUUCAGAACCCAACACAGAAGUACAUAGAGAUUGUCACGGAGGACAACUUCGAUUUCUGGUUUAUGGGUGUCUUAAAAUAUCAGAAAACUUUCAAAUAUCUUGAGCAGGCAGUUUCUCAAGCAUAGAUUAGUAGCGAAAUUCAGACUUGGAACUGGAAGAUUCAUGUUGUCAGGACAAACAAAAAUACAAAGGAUGAUCAGAAACUAACUAAAAUUUGUCUGCUAUCACUGAAGAUGUUGAACUUUGUCUAUGAUGAAAGGGAUUUCACUUCAUUGUACAUAUCCAUCCUUCUGGACACGACAUUUGACCCAAGAUAGUAGCGAAUGGAUGUGGUUAAUAUCAGAAGAGUUGCAUACUUGGCUGCCAGCAAAUCACAUUGCAAAUGCAAGAGUUCACCAUUCGGAGCAUCAUUUGUUGCAGAAUCCAAGCUAUACGUCUUCUGACAGGCUUGCAGAGCUAAGGACCAGAAUGCUUUUAAGGAAGGGAUGGGCCUAUGUUAGAGCUCUAUGAAGGGAAAUUACUUUAGGACAAAAGUCUGAAGGAAAAAUACAUAGAAAAAGAGGGAACAAUGCUUUUAGCUGCCCAAAUGUACAACUCUGAGGAUCCAAUUACACAUUUAAAUGUAAAUGUUUUCAGAACCUGAUUUUGUAA